GGUAAAGUCGUGUGUGCAUUGCUUUUUUUUUUUUUUAAAGACCUGUUUGCUUUCAGUUUUAACUGCAUCCCUGUCUGCAACAGUUAGCACUUGAUGGUCUACAGAAUAACUUUCUGUUUGUUGGUGCCUUCAGCCCUGUAGGGCCAUGCUAGAUAAGCCUCUUCGGUUUUAAGAUGUUUUACUUAGAAGAUAACAGUGAAGAUGAGAAGGCUCAGGAAAGCUCAUUCAGUAAAACCGCAGGUGUUUAUCGUGACAAGGCCCCUCCUGGCAUUCUGUCUCAAACCAUGAAUUAUGUGGGCCAGCUGGCUGGGCAGGUGCUCGUCACUGUAAAGGAACUCUACAAGGGCAUUAACCAAGCCACGUUGUCUGGGUGCAUCGAUGUUGUCGUGGUGCGACAACAGGACGGCACCUACCAGUGCUCACCUUUUCACGUGCGCUUCGGGAAGCUGGGAGUCCUGAGAUCCAAGGAGAAGGUGAUUGAUAUAGAGAUCAACGGCAGUGCGGUGGAUCUUCAUAUGAAAUUGGGUGAUAAUGGAGAAGCCUUCUUUGUGGAGGAGACUGAAGAAGAAUAUGAGAAACUACCGGCUUAUCUUGCCACUUCGCCAAUUCCUACUGAAGACCAGUUCUUUAAAGAUAUUGACACCCCUUUGGUGAAGUCAAGCAGAGAUGAAAUGCCAUCUCAGAGCCCAGAUACUUCUCACACCUUGGAAACAGAGACAGUUUUCGCUCCAAGUUCUGUGAAAAAGAAGAAACGAAGGAGAAAGAAGUGCAAACAGGACAAUAGGAAGGAGGAACAGGCGGCUUCUCCUGUCGCAGAAGACGUAUGUGAUGUGGGUGUGAGCUCUGAUGAUGAGAAGGGAGCCCAGACAGCAAGAGGAUCUUCAAAUGCUUCCUUAAAGGAAGAAGACUAUAAGGAGCCUCCACUCUUCCAUUCCGGGGAUCACUAUCCCUUAUCUGAUGGCGAUUGGUCCCCAUUAGAAACCACUUAUUCCCAGGCAAUGUGUCCUAAGAGUGAUUCAGAGUUGGAGGUGAAGCCUGCCGAGAGCCUGCUCAGAUCUGAGUCUCACAUGGAAUGGACUUGGGGCGGGUUCCCAGAGUCUACCAAGGUCAGCAAAAGAGAAAGAUACGAUUGUCAUCCAAGGACGGCUACAAUUACACCGUCGGAAAACACUCAUUUUAGGGUCAUUCCCAGUGAAGACAGCCUCAUAAGAGAAGUCGAGAAGGACGUUACUGUUGAAGAUACUAUCUGUACCAUAGUGAAACCCAAACCCAGAGCCCUGUGUAAGCAGCUGAGUGAUGCAGCUUCUGCUCAACUUCCUGAACUGCCUCUCGAGGCUCCUCAGACUUCAUCUAUGUUAGAUGCAGACCAUGUUCCCAGUCCAUCCUCAAUAGAAGCUCCCUCAGAAUCCAAACCAGCUGCUAAAGUAGACUCACCAACAAAGAAGAAAGGUGUCCACAAAAGAAGUCAGCACCAGGGACCUGACGACAUUUACCUUGAUGACUUAAAGGCUCUUGAGCCUGAAGUGGCAGCUCUCUAUUUCCCUAAAAGUGACACCGAUCCUGGCUCCCGGCAAUGGCCUGAAUCCGACACAUUCUCUGGCUCUCAGUCCCCACAGUCUGUGGGAAGUGCAGCUGCAGACAGUGGCACCGAGUGCCUCUCAGACUCUGCCAUGGACUUGCCUGAUGUUACCCUCUCCCUCUGUGGAGGCCUCAGUGAGAAUGGAGAGAUUUCUAAAGAAAAGUUCAUGGAGCAUAUCAUCACUUACCAUGAGUUUGCAGAAAACCCUGGCCUUAUCGACAACCCGAACCUUGUAAUACGGAUAUAUAACCGUUACUACAACUGGGCUUUGGCUGCUCCCAUGAUCCUUAGCUUGCAAGUAUUCCAGAAGAGUUUACCUAAGGCCACGGUUGAGUCCUGGGUUAAAGACAAGAUGCCAAAGAAAUCUGGUCGGUGGUGGUUUUGGCGUAAGAGAGAAAGCAUGACCAAACAGCUACCAGAGACCAAGGAGGGAAAAUCUGAGGUCCCACCAACAAAUGACCUACCUUCCAGUGCUGAGGAGCCAGCCAGUGCCAGGCCUGCAGAGAAUGAUUCUUCUAGUGAUGAGGGGUCACAGGAGUUGGAAGAAACAAUCAAAGUUGAAACCAUCUCCAUGGAGACACUGAGUCACUGUAGCACAGCUUCAUAUAAGAAGUCUCUCCGACUCUCCUCGGAUCAGAUAGCAAAAUUGAAGCUCCACGACGGCCCCAAUGACGUUGUAUUCAGUAUUACAACCCAGUAUCAGGGUACCUGUCGUUGUGCGGGUACCAUCUACCUGUGGAACUGGAAUGACAAAAUCAUCAUUUCUGACAUUGAUGGAACAAUAACCAAGUCUGAUGCUUUGGGACAGAUUCUCCCACAACUGGGCAAAGACUGGACUCAUCAGGGCAUAGCGAAGCUCUACCAUUCCAUCAAUGAGAACGGUUACAAGUUUCUAUACUGUUCUGCACGCGCCAUCGGCAUGGCCGACAUGACCCGAGGCUAUCUGCACUGGGUCAAUGACAAGGGCACGAUCUUGCCCCGAGGCCCUCUGAUGCUGUCUCCCAGCAGUCUGUUCUCUGCCUUCCACAGGGAAGUGAUAGAGAAGAAACCAGAGAAGUUCAAAAUCGAGUGUCUGAAUGAUAUUAAGAACCUGUUCGCCCCGUCCAAGCAGCCCUUCUACGCUGCCUUUGGAAACCGUCCUAACGAUGUCUAUGCUUACACACAAGUCGGAGUUCCAGACUGUAGGAUAUUCACCGUGAAUCCGAAGGGGGAGUUAAUACAAGAAAGGACCAAAGGAAACAAGUCAUCGUAUCACAGGCUGAGUGAGCUUGUGGAACACGUGUUCCCACUUCUCAGUAAGGAACAGAAUUCUGCUUUUCCAUGCCCAGAGUUCAGUUCCUUCUGUUACUGGCGAGACCCAAUCCCUGAUGUGGACCUGGAUGACCUAGCUUGAACGAAGCCUAUACGGCAGGGUGGGGACACUCACCUGCCUCCCAACAGGGAAAGUAACUGGCUUCUUACAGAUGAAGACCCCGGAGCCUGCAGUCAGGAACCUGCUUUCCAGAACAGGGACAGGGUCCCCGAAGCUGGUACUGCUGCCCUCUUUCACCUCCCCAGGCACCACUCAGCACAUGGACAGAGGAUUAAGGGCCUUAGCCUGAGGUACAAGCCUGUGCUCCAUCACGUGGGCUUCCUCACAUGCUUUCUGUGGAGCUGUGUGCUGCGCCCCUCGGCUGCAAGACUUAGAAUGGCAGAAAUCAGAAACUGAACAAGAACAACCAGCACAUUACUACACAGUAAAGAGUUAAAAUUUCCACUGCUCAGUUGAUGAUUUCUCUCUGUAACCAGGGCUUUCUCCAGAAGUCUGCUUAGUGUUGCUGGCUACCUGUACAUGUCCCCCUCGGGACACUUCUGCUCUUGGUCACUGAACUAGGACACCUGCUUCAUGUGCCAAGAUGGGCAUCCCCCAGCAACUGUGUGCAGCGCCAUGAUCCCAACUCUACCAGCGUGGGCUUUUGAGGAGAGAGCACCUUGGCAUCAUCAUCUCCUCACCUGUGCCUGCUUCCCAGGGAGAAAGAAGCCGUUUGAGUUACUGCUCUACCCUAGCCAGAAGAACAAGUGCACAUUUUAUAUCUGGAAUAAUCGUGAGAAAUUUGUUUGAAAUACAGAAAAGGCAGCAGCUUUGCCUCACAAGUGUAGAAAGGCAGCUGCGCGGGGUCCUGGGAGUCACCCUUUCCUCUGACGCUGUCUCCUGGCUUCAGAGUUGCCAGGGGAAAAGCCCCUGGCUGGCAGGCAGCAUUGACCAGUCAUUUGGACUUCAACCAUGAGUCCCUGGAGGCAUGGGAGAGAGGGCCACGGAGCGCCUGUGGAGAGCCAGCACCGCGGCAGCAGCCCCAGCCCAUCGUCCAGUUCACACAGUUGAUACUGCAGAUGAGGCCUCGUGGGGAUGUGGGUACCCCUGCAUUUUCUUGGCAGCAGCAUGCACUGUCAAAUGUCAGGACAGAUGUGACAGGGAGAGUUAUGUCCUGGACUCUCCACAGCCUCUGAUGAACAGGGUGUGGACAGUCACUGCAGUGCAAACAUCCAGAGAAGUGUUGGCGGAAGGCGUCCCAGGGACCUUCACUGGUUCUUGGUACAGCCCUCUCGGACGGUGGAUAUGAAGGCUGAGCAGAGCGGGCACUGCAGGGAAAGAUGGUUCCACUUCAGCCCUGCACCCUGCGGCUGGACGGCUGGCCCUGUCACAGUGUUUCAGUUUGCUUCACCCAGAUGGCUUAGAAAGGGGGGGGGGGUUAUUUUCCAGAUUGGAGAGUCGAGUGUCCCUGCCUCGUUUCAGUAUUGCAGUUGAAUGCAGCGACCAUGUAACAUUCUUUAACAGAAGGAAAAACCCUUUGAACGUAGUUGUCGGUGGCAGAACCACCGGGGGCAAUGCUCGCAGAGGGGGCAAUGCAGGCUUCCACAGUGCUGGCCUCACUAUAAAUAGCCCGUGUCUCCUUCAUGAGUUCUUUGUGUUAGGUGUAAGGAAACUCAGUUGUUUAUGUGAAAUUCUUCCCAGGCAGUGAAGUAAGAUUUGUAGAGCAGCCACGUGGCCACGUGAUGAUGCUGUCAAGGUCUCGGCACCGCCUGGGAUUUAGCCCCCUUUGGUUUAUGGAGUAAGAGUUGUGUGCGCUUACCCUGAGCUCAGUAGAAUCUGUGGUACAGAAAAAUCUCACCAUGUUUCCUCACAGUUUCAGUUUGUCCUCAGCAGCCUGUUUCCUUGCCUUGGCAAACUCUUUUCUUUGGACACAUGGGCCUUCUCCGAGGGCCCAGCUUAGGUUGUGGGGCUCCUGGCCUGUGCUGCUCCCCUCCCCCACCCCCCACCCCCGCCUCCAUUAGCCCUGCACUUGUCACUCCGGAUUGAUCAGUGGGUAUUUAGGCUAAUGAAUGUAACUCUUUUUCCUUAUUUAAAGGAGUCUUCUUGCUGAAAGUAGAUGAUUACUAUUGCUGUAGUGUUCUGAAGUAUUAGGUUUGUGCUGAAAAUCCAUUGCCAUUUGUUACAAAUGACAUUUGUUCUUUCUGUGAAAGAGAGAUGCCCUCAAGUGUGUUUGCACACAAACCCUUAGAUGGCUUGUUGCAGUAUCUCCCUUGUCGCCAGUGGCAGGUGAUGCUGACGGGGCACUGUUGGCAGAUUGGCCUCGGAGUCGCUGUCGGCAUUGCCCUCUGCCCUCCAGCUCACUCUAACUCCAGUGUUGAAGCACUGUAGUAGAACUGAUGGCUGCUCUCCCUCCAUCAGGCUGUGUAGGAUGCACACUUAGCCCUGUGAUCAGGACUGCACUUCCUGUGGUCUAACCCAUCUGCAUAGUUUCAGUUGGAAAGAAACGUACUAUUGUGAUGACCCAAAACUAAAGCUGCAGUGCUGCUGAAGGAACGGUUAGGACGACAGGAACACCUUCUCCUCUUGCAGUUGAUUGCUGCAGGGAACUUGCAGCGUUAUUGCGUAGCUCUGGGACACCUUGUUUCUGAGCAUGCUGGGAUUUAUUUAAAACCGGGUGAAGUCAGUGCUCUUUCCAGGUGAAAACCUUUCAUUUUGAUUUGAAGGCAGAGGGAAGACGCUCUUUUCAUAACUGUGUUCAGCUGGUGACAUUUGAUAAUCACUAAGCAGUUUAGGUUGUGUAAUUGUAAACACCAGCGCAGUGCCUCAGUCACGGUAAAGAUGUCUUCAGAUGAAUGGCUCAUAUUUGGUGCAGUGUUUGAUGUUCACAACAAAAUGUUACAAUAAUAAACUAACAUAAACCGAG